GGUUACUCUCCCAUUGAUCUUCACAUCUGCUUCUGGGUGCUGGAGCCUUCAGAGGACAAUGGACAUGUUUUUGCUACGCAAAAGCAGCAAUAAGAAGAAUACGCUAGAGAAAUACGGUGAAUGCGAAUUUUCAGCUACUUAAUUUAGAUCUUAAUGUUCCAAUGGGUGUUGGGAGUUUAAUACAAGGUCUAAGUGAGCGACUAUGAAAAGGUCUCAGUGAACCUUGGCUUUGGUUCAGGUGCUUAUUCAUUCAUUCAUUCAUUACCCUCCCAUCACCCUAAGGUCCCAGGCUGGGUUACAACACAACAGUAAAGCACAAUAUUAAAAUCAGUUUUAAACAAUUUACAAAAAUUAGGUAGGUCCUAAAAAUAUACACCUUAAGUGUCCCUUGGGGUGGGAGGGUCAUUUGACUGACUGAGUUCUUAAUAUGAAUGCCCUGAUUCCACAGGAGUUUGCUGCAUAAAGCUUGCAGCACAGUGGUAGAAGCUAGUUACUAGCAAACCUGGAUUUAGGGUUGAAUAGCGGGUGAUAACUCAGAAAAGCAAAGAUAUAUUAUUCACCUUUAUCACAUGUCUCACAAUCCGGGCUCCCUCUCUCAAAGCGCUCAUUCUGGGUGGCCAGCAUUAAGCCACUCCAACAAUUCCAAUAUACACAGAGCUGGAAUAAGGCAUUUGGGUACUGGGGGCAAGCAACCAAACAGCAACCCCAAUGGCUGUAAAAUGAUGUAGAACAAUCAUAAUGUUAAUAAUCCGAAUAAUCCGAAUGUUGCUGCUAUUUUUGGUAUCUCCGAAUCAGGUGACUGAGAUGGGCUGCCUCACUCUGCCUAAUGCUAGGGGUGGCUUUGAGUAGCAUUGUGAUUAAUGAAUAUUUUGUUUUGCUGCGGUGGGUUAGAAAUCUAAUGGACAUAAUUCUUUUUUAUUUGACAUGUUCUAAUCUUCUUCCUGAACUAUUGCAAGAGGCCAAGAGGCCUAGUUUCAAUAUUCCCCCAAAUUGAUUCUGACCGCAAUGAACCCUAUUUUGUGGCUUGAUUAACCGUAACCAAAGUAUCCUAUCGUUUUUUGAGGUCCCUUAGAAUUAGGAAUGUACGGCAACUCUAGGAAGGGGGUAUUAAUAGGAGGGAAUUCUGUAUGAUACUUCCUCAAAAACUGCACAUCUUGAACCUCUGUGACGUUGGUGAACAUCCUUAGAGAGAGACUGCCCGCAAGCUUGAAAGGGUGGUUUGGAAUUAAUAAGCCCCUAAGCUCCUUAUCUGCAGCUCCCUUAAGACACUAAAACCUUGUUCAUCUUUGCUUUUAGCGUGCUGCUUCACAACAGUUAAGUGUAUCUGGAAAUGAAGUUGGGCUUAGUAACAAAGAGCAGCAAGUUGCAAUAUCCUAUAUAAAUUCACAGAGGGAUUGCAUCAUGGGUUGUUGACCACUGAAAGCCUGUGCAAUUAAAUUUUUACAAUUUUACAUGCUUGACAAUCCAGGCGCCCUCUCUCAAAAAUCUAGCAUCUUUCAUGGAAGAGAAGGGACCAAAUGUCCAGUUUCCUCCCUGCCAAAAGUAGGAGGCCCAGCCACACCCUCCCCUACCUACUUAUGCUGUGCAGAGCAGAUCAUAAUGUACUACAAGCAUAAAGGCAACCUACACAUGAAAUAAAACCAUGUGGCCAAUAGUUCCUAGGUCACUACCAUUUUAGACUGUAGGUGGUUGGGGACUGCAUGUCUGAAGGUUCCUUGCAAUUUAAGAGUCCUGAUAGAAGUUCUGGACCAAAUGAUUCAUAUGGAAAGUUUGGUCCAGAUAGUAAGUUAACCACAAAAAGAUGUAGCUCCAGGUAACAGCAUCAUGCCGGCAAAACUACAAGGUAGCGUAGAGCAGGAAUGAGCAGGAGGUAGAUUGCAAACUGCUGGUAUGGCUUACAGUAUACCAGAUGUAUGGUAUAAUACUACUACUGGUAUUAUUUCUGGAUGGCUUAAAGUAGAUGGGCAAGGGUUUCCUACUCCCUUAGGGGGCUCAGAGGAAAUGGUGUGGCAGUGGGGAACUACAGCUGCCUCAAUCUGCCUAAUAUUGUCUGCUGAUCCAUUUCUAAGUCCAUUUCAAAGUCCUGUUGGUGAUGGUGAAUGCCUUAAGGGGGCUGGAUAUCGUAAGGGCUGCUGCUUCUGUUAUGACUCCACCUGACUCCUAAGCCGUCCAGCACUUCAUCUCGCACCUCUGGCCAUAGCUGUCAACUUACAGAUUUGAAAAUAAGGGACCAGCAGCCUUGAAAAUAAGGGACCAGCAGCCUCACCUGUUCCAGGCACUCCAGUCUUCCUGUCCUCCUGCAGGCUGGUCAAACUCAUGCUGGUAGCUUCGAGAACACUGUCCAACCAACUUUGUAACCAGAGGUUCAACUGAAUAGAAUCUGAAUCACAUGUACCACAAAGCCUAUGCAGCCUCAAUUUAAGAUGGCUCCCUGGCCUGGCUUUGCACUGCAAAGUUUGCAGCAGCACGUGCAACAAAAUGGCGUCCAGCAUUCAAAAACCCCCACAGCAAGCUUUAACAAGCCACACACAAGCCAUCCAAGCUCCACCCCCCGGCCCCGCAGGGAGGGAGGGAGAGGAGCUGCUUCCUUUGAAAUUUAAGGGACAUAAUUUAAGGGACAUUUAAGGGACAUCCAUCAAUAAGGGACAGCGGCGGGACAUGGCGCUGGAAUAAGGGACUGUCCCUUCAAAUAAGGGACACUUGACAGCUAUGCCUCUGGCUGAGAGGUAUUACCUUUGGAUAAUACCAACUUGUGGAAAUCCAUGGUUUAAGACUAUCCAUUUACCUUCCUCUCUAUCUGCCUGUUACUAUUACAGCACUUUAUAAAAACCUGAGUCAAAACUAAUUAUUGAUUUGGUUUUGCUGUUACUCUUGCUGACAAAUAUACCCACAACGUAACUAGCUGUGUUUAACUAUAUAAAUUCUUUAUACAUCAUAUAAACAUAACUCUUUUCACAUUAUCUAAUUAAGUAGAAGCAAUUAAGGACCAACAUUUAGAACAGGAAAUACAAAUAGAUCAGUUCUUAUAUACGUAAUGUCCACAUAGAAGCUUUUGUGUUCCACGUACAGUGGUACCUCGGGUUACAUACGCUUCAGGUUACAUACGCUUCAGGUUACAGACUCCGCUAACCCAAAAAUAGUACCUUGGGUUAAGAACUUUGCUUCAGGAUAAGAACAGAAAUUGUGCUCCGGCGGCACGUGACAGCGGGAGGCCCCAUUAGCUAAAGUGGUGCUUCAGGUAAAGAACAGUUUCAGGUUAAGAAUGGACCUCCAGAACGCUCUAUAUGACGCACCAGACCACAAGACGCACCUAGUUUUUGGAGGAGGAAAACAAGAAAAAUAUAUAUUCUGAAUCUCAGAAGCCAGAACAGCAAAAGGGAUCACUGCGCAGUGAAAGCAGCAAUCCCUCUUGCUGUUCUGGCUUCUGGGAUAGCUGCGCAGCCUGCAUUCGCUCCAUAAGACGCACACACAUUUCCCCUUACUUUUAGGAGGGAAAAAGUGAGUCUUAUAGAGCAAAAAAUACGGUAGGUUCUUAACCCGAGGUACCACUGUAUGCACAAAUGAAUCAGUUUUUUUAAACGUAAUGUCCAAACAAAAGCUUUUUGUGUUCCACAUAUGUCUUAGCGAAUACAAGUGUCAAACCUAACAACUUUAAGGAGCAGUACUUGCAAAAGAUGAACUUUUCUUUGUAAUGUUCCACACCUGCUUUUGCAAAGUAAGGUUGUUGUAUGCACGUUGUCGGGAUAUUUGUUAGUUGAAUUUACGUAACUAUCGGUUUGAUAGUGUUGUGUUACUCUUGCUGAAUCACAUUGGAGUUUGCUGGUGGCUGUUUUAUUUGUAGUGCUUGAAUCUGAAUUGCUGUUGUUUUCAAAUGAUGGCUUGUUAGCCAUCUCGGAGUCCUUUAUGGAUGAAAACAUGGGGUAAAAUAAUCUGGCUAAGCUGCAGAGCAGGGAGGGCUAGUGUGGUGCCCUCCAAGUGUUUGAGGCCAGCAUAGUCCAUGGUCAGAAAUGAUGAGAGCAAUAACUGGAGAGCAUCAUACUGGUUGCUUCGGCUAUAGUGUAGCUACCUGGUUCAAAUACAUAACUUCUAUAUACUCAGAGUCGAGAGUGGAUUUCAUGCUCUUUAUUCAGCUCAUCGUGGUGAGGAGGAAUGAAAGUCCCCUCAAAGUAUCUGCUUUAUAUACAUUAUUUACACAAAGGGCUGCACGUGAUUGGCUAAUUCCAGAAUUCUCCUGUAGGCCAAUCAGGUUGUGGAUUCACUUCCAUCUGGAGCCGGAUUGGGUGGCUCCUGCAGACCAGUCAUACUGCUGCAUUGUUCUAGGACCAAUCAGACUGCUGCAUUCUGAAUUCUAUUGUUCUAGGACCAAUCAGACUGCUGCAUUUUGGAUCCUAUUGUUCUAGGACCAAUCAGACUGCUGCAUUUUGGAUCCUAUUCAACUCAGAACAUAACAACAGCAAUAGAAAACAGAGUGAGCCUUGCACCAAACAAGCAAAUCUUUCACCAUUUUAAACCGAAUAACAUUGGAAGUUAGGCAAUGAAGCAUCUUGAAUUCAAUGUUUUCAUUGUGUAGUGGUGCCUUGGGUAAAGUACGAACUCUGUAAAUGAAGCAGACUGUUGUAUCUUGGCCAAAUUUGUCCCUUGCGUGGAUAGAGUUGUCAUAAUAGGUGAUGUCAAGAUGGUAUAGUCUGAGACAAUUAAACCAAGCUGUGGGAUUUCUUCUGCAUUAGGAGUAAAGGAGAAAUAUUCCCUGGGAGACCCACCUCAUAUGCUCACAAGAAGACUUAAUGCUCAGUAAUAGGAAAAGCCUCAGCCCCACAGCUGAAAGAUAAAGGGCUAACCUGAGCCCUAAUUGCAAUAUCUAUAUAGCCCAUGAUAUGUAUAGACACAUAACAUUUUGUAGCAAAAUGUCUGUCCUGAUUGGCUAUGGUGGAGAUGAGGCAACUGCACUGCAGUAUUUCCUGGAGGCAGUAAAAUGUAUCUCUGCAUUUUCUGCACACAUAUAUGUAUUAUUACACGCUAUCACUCAGGGAUAGGAGAAGGGAUUUCAAAGGUACAACCACUGGAAUGCCUUUAAUUUUAUGAACCCGCCCAUGUAUUAAGAUCUUUAAAGCAGGUUCUUCUCCAGUUAUAGGUGGAAUACAAUAUGUAUACAGUGGUACCUUGGGUUAAGUACUUAAUUCGUUCCGGAGGUCCGUUCUUAACCUGAAACUGUUCUUAACCUGAAGCACCACUUUAGCUAAUGGGCCUCCCGCUGCUGCCACACCGCUGCUCCACGAUUUCAGUCCUCAUCCUGAAGCAAAGUUCUUAACCCGAGGUACUAUUUCUGGGUUAGCAGAGUCUGUAACCUGAAGCUUAUGUAACCUGAAGCGUAUAUAACCCAAGGUACCACUGUAUUAAAAAGAUAGGCCCUUUGCUGUGCUGGCACUUCAGCUAUGGAAUGCUCUUCUGUGGGAGGUAUCAGUUCUAUAUUCUGUUUGGCACCUUAAAAAAUAAUAAUAAACUUUUAAAAAAUAAAUAAAUUUCAAAGACAUUUUUAAAUAUUGUUGUGUUUUCGGUCCCCUCAAUUUUAUUAUAAUUUUGUUGAAUUUCUUUUGAGUUCAUUUACACUAUUUUAAUACUGCACUGCAUAUUUCAAGUGUUUACCUAUACAACUCUGUAAUCUACCUUUGGAUGAAGGCAUGGUUUAUGCAUUCUUAAAAUUAAUAAGUAUGUAUUUUAUUUUUUUCCUAAUCUCCCCCAUUAUUUUCAAAAGAGAUAUUGGGGUCAUGGUGAAUGAAAAUGCUCAGUGAAAAUAUCAACUCAGCUCAAUAUAUGAUGGCAAUAAAGAAAGGCAACUUUCAUUCUGGAUGUUAGUAGGAAAGGGUUUGAAAAUAAAAUGAACCACUAUCAUAAUGGCAUCAUAUAAAUCUAUGGUGCAGUCACUUUUGGAAUACAGUGUACUGUGCUGGUCAUUCCAUCUCAGAAAGGAUUAUUGUAAAGUUGGAAAGGGGCAGGAAACAGGUGAAUUACCUUCCUUAUGAAAAAAGACUAAAGUGUGUAUUGUGUUCAGUUUAGAGGGGGGGGGGGAAUCACAAGGGAUACAUGGUAGAGGUUUGUCACAGUGUAACAACACUGAAUAGGUGUUGGUAUCUUGUUGUUAUAUUUCUUCAAAAUCUUUAAAUGUGGGUUUCAUUAACAAUUAUCCAGGGAUAACAGCCAAUCUUAAUGUUUAUUCAAGGAACAAUGGAAAAUUCACAUUAAACCAAAGUCUGAGACAAAUGAGAUUCGAGCUGAUCUCCCGAGUCCAUUCCCACAAAGGAUAGGGGGAAAAUCUAAUCCAGUUCACAUUAAAAAGCGCACUUAGCUAAUUUACACUUUCUGAAAACAACACACAAACUGAAGCAGAGCCUGCCUUCAAAAUUCGCACUUCUCUGAAUAUUGCAGUGCAGUUGUCCAGCUAAGUAAUGUGUACAAAAAGGCAUACACUAGUAUAAAGUUUACACACCCACCCACCCACCCACCCACCCCAAGCACAUUUUGUUCAGAACUGGAAAGUCCUGUGAAAUGUCCUCUUUCUUGGGACUUUCACAUGAUCCUGAGAGUACAAAGUCUACCUGGGCUCCCCAGGCCCUGUGGCCUUUUGAUCCUAUUUUGUGUUUCUUUGGUAAGAACUGGAACAUGCAAUUUUCAUUGUUUUGCUGGGUUUGCUACUUCCCCCUUAUAUCUUUGAUCUAUGAUACUGUCACCUGUGACAUCUUUUUAAACUGUUCAUCUUGAAGAUGGUAACUUUCCAUUCACUUCACCCUCAAAAGGGAAUCAAAUGUUGGCCUUUUCCCCCAACCUGCAAAGAAUAUGUUUUGGCCCCCAUUAACAGAAGCCACAAUCUAACCAAAUACUCCAGCUUAAUGCACUGGCGCAGUUCACACAUCACACAUGUUUUCUAUUAACAUGCUGAUCUGGGCCACUUUGCUUAUCCCUGCUAGCACAUGGGAGAGACAAACCAUGAUCUCUAGCUUAGCAUCACAUCUCAAGCUAGAGAUUUGGCUUGUUUUGCUCAGUGAAGAACAAAGUAUUGUCUUCUCAGAGACAAAUUUGGCAAAACGUGGGUGGAUCUUUGUCUGAUAUGCUGAUACAGAAUCAAUGAAAUAUACAAGUCUCAUUCAAUGUUGCUGGCUAAAUCCAGGGAACAUAAAUGGUAACCAUUUUAUAAUGUCUGAAGAAGGCUUAUGUAUCAACAAGAAGUAAGUAAGUUUGGGGGUUUUGUUUAUUUUUGUUUUGUUUUGCAAAGGCCUUUGGUUUUAUGACAUAAAGUUCAUCCAUACCUGCUCCUUUUUGUGUGGUAGAACAUUAAAAAAAGGUAAAAGACCCCUGACCAUUAGGUCCAGUCGUGAACAACUCUGGGGUUUUGGCGCUCAUCUCGCUUUACUGGCCAAGGGAGCUGAUGUUUGUCUGCAGACAGUUUUUCCAAGUCAUGUGGCCAGCAUGACUAAGCCGCUAGUGGCAAAACCAGAGCAGUGCAUGGAAACACUGUUUAUCUUCCUGCCGGAGUGGUACCUAUUUAUCUAGGUUGGCAGGAGCUGGCAUUAUGUUUUUGUUAAUGACAGUUGAAUAUGCAGAUACUGACUUGUCAUAGAAAACAUCAUCUGACUUGCUGCAGACUUGGGGAAACCAGUGACAGAGUGUCCUAGUGGCGUUAACACGCCUGGAAGAUUUUGUGCUGCUUUGAAGAGACAUGGGCCCUACUUGCGCCCAGGAGAGCAGUGGGGCAAAACUUGACUUGUCUUACUUUCCAUCCUUUUCAGGCUCCAGUCCCAACUAUGGCAGUGGAUUUUCGGGGGACACUGAGACACUCACAACUUUCAGCUGGGAUGACCGCAGUGUACGCAGGGUGUUCAUUAGGAAGGUAAUGUCUUUUACAGUCAACCUUCCUCCAUACUGUACGGAACAAGGGUGUCCAACAUGCUUCUUGCUCUAGGCUCACUUAUAAGAAGAAGAGGAGUUUGGACUUGAUAUCCCGCCUUUCACUCCCCUUAAGGAGUCUCAAAAUGGCUAACAAUCUCCUUUCCCUUCCUCCCCCACAACAAACACUCUAUGAGGUGAGGCUGAGAGACUUCAGAGAAGUGUAACUAGCCCAAGGUCACCCAGCAGCUGCAUGUGGAGGAGUGGGGAAGCGAACCCGGUUCACCAGAUUACAAGUCCACCACUCUUAACCACUACACCAUGCUGGCUCUUAUCCAGUUUGCCUCCCUAUCCAGUUACAUGUGGGUGGGAGUGGGGUUGGAGACCUAUGGGUGUGAUCCCAUAUAGGCCACAGGACUUUGCGUUUGUGUCACUGGUGUGUGUCAUGUGAACCCCCUUCAAGAAACAUAGCUGAUGUAUAAGGAAUUAAGUAUAAAUAGAUUAACAGAAUAUUAAAGGAAAAAAUAAGGUUAGAAUGUUAAGAUAAUUAUAGGAUAGAAAACAGAGGAAGAUGGAAAGGAAUUGCUGAAACAAUUAACAGAAGUGGAAUACGAAAAGGGAGGUGUGAGGAGGUCGUUGAAAUAAGUGAAUGAAAGAUAAGAUAUUGCAAUUAUUUGAUGUGUUUUAAAUUGCUUUUGUUUUGUUUUGUUAGUUUAAUGUGUUAGUGUUUUGUGUUAGUGUUAUGUAGUGUUUUUGCAUUGUAUUGUAUUGUCCAUUCUUUUUUUUUCUUUUUUUUUGUAGUGUUUAAAUUGUUGGAAAAGCAAUAAAUAUUAUUUUUUAAAAAAGAAAAGAAACAUAGCUGAUGGACAGGGCUAUGCAGAUUGCGUUGAUUCUUAAUGGCUCACAUCCCACAAGGAAGGAUUGUGUCUAACUAUGGGCUGAAUUCAACUAAGUUUUUGCACUAUUGGAAACCAGCACAAUUAGGCCCGCUGUUGCAGCAGGAUUUGCCCUGUGCAGUUGCUCAGGAGGUUCAGGAGAACCUCCACAAUGGGUGGGGGGAGGAAGAGGGAGAAUCAAUUUUGCACUGAUGGAACGAUUGCCUUAGCACAGUGUUGAAUUCUACCUUUUUUCCCUAAGCAUCAGCCAUGCUUAUUCGAUCCUUUCCCCCCCAAUUUUAGGUUUACAGCAUCCUCUUGCUCCAGCUUCUUGUUACAGUUGCCAUUGUGGCCCUCUUCACCUUCUGGUAAGUCUCUGGCCCACCAAGAAGCCUUUUGCUUUAGGUGCCUUUUCUGCUUUGGCUAAUGUUUCCUAAUGGUAGUACUGCUCCCGUAUUAUUUCUUCCUGUGCAUGGGGAAUAAAAGGAGCAAACUAUGCAUGACUUUCUGACUUGUGGACUAUCCUGCGAACGUCUAAGUCCAUGGACUUGCAUUCAAGCUGACACACUUGAUUGAUGAUAUAUUAUUUAUUUGUUUUACUGUGUGUCUGGAGCCUUAAACAGAAUGAUAGCAGACUACAGGAAGGUAUUAAUAGCUUCCCUCAAAAUUUCUGGGAUAUUUUAACCAAAGAGGAGCAUCCACAAUGGCCUUGAACAUUGCUUUCAGGAGCAGCCAGUGUGGUACCCACCAGAUGCUGUCGGACUCCAACUCCCAUUGGCCCAUCCAGCAUGACUAAUUGCAAAGGAUGAUGGGAGUUGCAGUUCACAUUUGGAGGGUGCCAUCUUGGCUACCCCUGCUCUAGGUGAGAAUUGGUAGCACCUAGGGAUGGAUGGAUCUGUCAGUUUCUGGUUCUCUCAGUUUCUCAUUUCUCCAAUCAUAAAUUCUCAUUAUUCCUAACAAACAUAUUUUUGUAUGCAGUUUUGACUAAGGUACAUAUUUUCUGCAGGCAAUUUCUCCUAAUAUAAUGCAUUUUUGUGUGUUACUUUCACGAACAUAUUCAUUUUUUAUGCACAUUUCCCCAUAAUAUAUGCCUUCUUUUGUAAACAUUGGGUGCUUGGAGACCUGCACUGCAAAUUUUGCCUAAGUGCAAAUUUCAAAGGGCGACUUGUGUUUCGCUUCUCGUAUUGUUUCAGAAAGUGUGGAUUUGAUCAAUUCGGCUUUAUAUGCAAACUGAAUUGAAUUGCUCCUCCAUCCUUAGUGGCAGCUCCAUUCAAAAGCUAUAUGUUCCACCAAUAUGUAUCAAGAAUGACGGGGAUCUCAUACAUUAGAAUCUGUGGAAUCAGUGAAAUUUGUUGAAAACAUUCAUAGCCUGUCUUUCUACAUGCUCAAGCUGGCUGACAAUUUAAGAUAAAAUCAAAUAAUAAUAAUAAUAAUAAUUUUUUUAUUUAUUUAUAUCCCGCCCUCCCAGUUGAAGUCGGGCUCAGGUCAGCUAACAACAAUAAAAUAGUACAACAUUCUAAAAUCAUUUCAUUAUAAAAUUAAUUCAAAUCAAAUUGAUGGCAACCAUUAAGCUAAAGUUCUGUGAAAGGAGGGAGUCAGGCUGUGCCCUGACCAAAGGCCUGGUGGAACAGUUCUGUCUUGCAGCCCUGCGGAAAGAUGUCAAGUCCCGCAUGGCCCUAGUCUCUUGUGACAGAGCGUUCCACCAGAUCAGAGCCACAGCCGAAAAAGCCCUGGCUCUAGUUGAGGCCAGCCUAACCUCUCUGUGGCCUGGGACCUUCAGGAUGUUUUUGUUUGAAGACCGUAAGUUCUUCUUUUGGACAUACCAGGAGAGGCGGUCCCAUAGGUACGAGGGUCCUAGGCCGUAUAGGGCUUUAAAGGUUAAAACCAGCACCUUAAACCUGAUCCUGUACCCCACCGGGAGCCAGUGCAGCUGGUAUAGCACCGGGUGAAUGUGAUCUCGCAGGGAAGACCCCGUAAGGAGUCUCGCCGCGGCAUUCUGCACCCGUUGGAGUUUCUGGGUCAGUCUCAAGGGCAGCCCCACGUAGAGUGAAAGAAAGAUGGAUGGAUGUUCUUUGUGCUUUUGUGAAGGGAGCACCCCUGACCUUCAUGCCACACUGUUCAGGGCCCAUGAGGUGGGGUGAAGCAGCUGCCUCGGGUGGCCCAAACCCAAGAGGUGGUGCCUCCAUGAGUGCUUCCCCGCCUCUGCCACUGGCUUCCAGUGAGACCUUGCUGAAAUCUCACGAGAUCUCAUGGAGUGCAUGAGAUCCCCCUGGAAACUGCUGCCACUGCUUCACAGGCACUGCUGUACCACCCUGGUAAGGGAGGCUUCAGUGGUGGGGCGGAGUGACAGCACAGUGGCACAUUCCCGUUUCGUCUCAGGCAGCAAAACCCCCUCCCUGGGUGAGAUACAUUGGAGAUCACCCUCUCUUUGUCCCUAGCAGCUGUAUCCGGAAGAAGAAAGCAUUAGGACUCUGCAACACAGUUUGGUGCGCUUUUAUUCAUAGCCUCGGUUUUCAGCGGCCACCUGUCUGAUGCUCAAAUAGCAGAGGUGGUAGAUGCAAAGGCUUACCUGCAUCAAAUUGCAUGUCACAUGAAUAAUACAUUGGUAUCGCUUGAGACUUUUCAAGCCAUUUAAUCACCUGGCUACAAAGCCAACAGCCAUUUCCCUGGAGUAGAAUAAAGCAAAUAAAUUGAUGUCAUUAUGCUGAUUGUGAUGCCCUCUUCAAUUAUUUUUGAGGCUGUGGGGAAACUGAGAGGAUUGACCCCACCCCACCCCUUUCCUCAAACACUGGGUGGUUUAAGCGGUGCUUGCUGUUUGCAGGGUCUUGCUCAGUAAGUACAUGAAGCAUUUAUGUCAGGGAACUGCCAUCAGUGCCAGAGGGAGAGAGCAAAAUCCAGAGGGAUUCUGGAGAGCGUCCAGGAAGUGGGAGAGGCAGCCCAUCUUCUGGGGAAGAGAAUCAGCGUAGCACCAGUGGAGAAGGGGGGCAGAUGGGGGAAGUGGCGAGGCGGUCCCAUGACUCCUUGCCGGGGACCAGCGGGGAGAGUAGAGGUCCUCCGCUGCCUACGCCCUCCUUGCACAGAAGGCUUUCGCGCAGAGAGAGUAGGAGGAGACUAGGCGUCAAAGAGCUUCUUUGCUGGAAGAAGUUUAAGAAACGCCCACUGACGGAUUCUGCCAGCGAUUGAGACAGCCACGAGUGAGUGGCUGUCCGGACAGAAAAGGUUCACUCAGGCAACCCAGCCAGGUGUUUGCACCGGCUUACGCAUGAGCAACCCCUAGAACCACUACAAUUUAUUUCCCACAAAUCGGUGUAUAGCUGCACAGAAAAAAAUGCCUCGGAAUAAGCCCCUCCUAGCACUGUCGAUAGUCCAUUCCUUUGCACUGAUGCUGGGGUGAGUGACCCAGUUCUCCAGUGCUAACACAGCAGCAGCCUGUUACACAAGAUACUAAGAACAUUCUGACUAGACCCAGAUCUGAUCCGGCCCUGUAACUAGACUCAACAACAGAGUGGCUUCCUUUUUUUGUUGUUUUGUUGGCCAACCUUCCUGAGGUCACAUGGCAGCAGUGGGUGUGGCUAAUCACAUUCUCAUGCAAACUGCUUAUAUGCAUGUACACACAGUCAGAUGCACACCCAGGACCCUUUUUCGGGUAAACCAUGCAGAUCACCUGAUACUACAACCUCUCUGCUCAUCAGAUGAUUGAUCUGAUGACUGGAAAGGGGAUACUUUUGUUCCCAUCAGGGUGCUGGGCUCCACCCAGCCCAGCAUUGUGUCUACUUUUAUUUUUGUUUCGUUUUAACUUUCUAAUACUGAAUUCUAAUUUUUUGUAACCUGCCCUGAGAUCUGCUGGUGAAGGAUCGAUAAUACAUCCAACAAUAACAACUUUUUAAAUCUGAUACUAAAAUUGGUGGGGUCUUGGGAGAGCCAAAAAAAUUGCUGGGAAGAGGGUGGUGGAUCAGGCUCCCUCUAGUUGUCCGUAUUAUACACCAGUGUCAAGAUUUAGCAGCAGAGGACACAAUGUUGCAGCCACAGUGUGGAUGGGGAGGAGAGGGAAGCAAGAGGCAAUGGUUGGGUGGAGGGUGUUUGGCUUGGUGCGCCUCCUACAGGCCAUGGGCAAGCAAUUGAGAUGCCAGGAUCACAGAUGCUCUGCUCUCUUUGAAUUGCUCUCAUGUGCCUUGUCUUUCUCUUUCUUUACUGCAGUGAACCAGUCCAAACAUAUAUCCAAGCAAAUCCAGCCUGGUACUGGGCUUCCUAGUAAGUACUGGCUUUAUCUCAGAAAUAAGCUUCAUCUCUGUUUACGUUCUUAUUUAAUAUAUAAGGCAAGUUUAGUUAUUUUGUAGGCCCAGUUCAAGAGACUAUUUAUUGAUGGACAGGCUAACAUCCAACUACAUAGGAAAACAAAAGCAACCUUAAGAACAAGCUAAAGGGUAGAGCCUGAGCCCCAACCCAUAAUAACCCUGCUCAAAAUGACCCUAUGGCUUCAGAGGCACUGGGAAUAGUCACACAGCUGGGGCUCACCCAGUGAAUGUGAUUCUAGGCAUGAGAAAAUGGAAGUUCAUUUCAUUUACAAAUACUCUAGAAAACCAAAGACCCGUUCCAAAGGUUUAUACUAACUUGUGGAUCAUUUAAUUGGGAACAUAUGUUACAGAUGUAUACUCUUAUUAGUUGUGGUGUAUGUAUGGGACUGUUUUAGGAGGUCUUUGGAGAAAUAAAAUAAAGAGGAAAAAGAAAGAGGCAAACACUUUCAGCACUUUUUGGCCAAAAGUGGGCAGAGUCAGGGGUGGAGCUUUCAUUAAGCCCCAUCCCAUUUUAGUUGAGCACUGGAGAUGAGGAGGAAGGAACCCCCUUAGUGUGCAGUGGGAAAGAGUACAGGGAGAGGAGGACCCUAGACAUCUUUCCCUCUAUGACUGAGUCCCUGGGGGGAAAGAGUUGGGAGACAGCGGACCUAGAAGCAGACCCCUGACCUGCUGGUUUGGACCUACAAUAAACAAUGGUUUAUUGACACCUCAGAAGGCAGAGGGGUUCAUCAUUCCCUUCCCCCUCUCCACGAUCAGCAAACAAUGCAAAAUAGCAGAGAAAUGCAGAAUCAGUGAGACAAAGUAAAGGAGAUGGUGCAGGUGCACUGGCAGACGAAGGUGGGGUCGGGGGCGCGGGUCUGCCCUGGGUGUGCAUCCAGGGCCGUGCCAUCGCCAGCCGCUGGUGCUUGCUAAGCACCCUGGGAUGCUUGGCGCUUGCUGCGCACACCCCAACACGUGCCACGCCCUCUGGGAUGCAUGCCAGCCAUGCCCCCAGAUGUAUGCCGCUCCCAGGGCCGAAGCAGGUAGCUUCACCACUGUGCAGGUGUGCACAGUUAAUGCCAGCCUGGCUUUUCUUGGCACAGCACUAGAGAAGCAACAGGCAAGGUGUAACCAAGGAUGGGGAGUUGGAAAGCACUGAAGAAAAACUCUGGGGGGAGGGCCAUGUAGCUCAGAAGUAAAAUUUAGGGUUAACCACCUUAGAACAUGAGCAUCAUACAGGAAAGAGGAGUACCACCUUCUAUGCAACAUCGUUUGGUUUUAUUCAAUACACACAAUCCAUUGAACACGGCUUUCGCCCACCAAGAACACACGGAACACUGUGGAGCGACACUUUCAAUUCAUUACUUUAUUGAUGCUUGUGAAAAUCUAGAGCUGGACAGAAGCCAUAUCUUACCUAGGUGCAAAUCUGCCCUCUGGGAGUGGAGGGUUGGAGGGAGUUUUAUUUGUUGUUGUUGUUGCUAUGCAAAUCUGCUUAGGUUUGCAAAAUAAAUAAAAUACGUUUUCAUUUAAAAAGAACCAGAUUUAAGAGGUGGGGCAUGGCAACUGCAAGUACUUCCACCCCCACUCCAUGGCUGUUUUUAUUUCCCAGCCUGACCACAUGCCUCAGCCUCACUGUUGCAAAUGUAAGUGGAACCUGUCUUCUCAGUCACAAGCCAUCUCCCCACCAGGCAGAAGGUGACAGUGCGGCAAACAGUUUAGGGUUACACUCUACAGCCCUUCACAUAGUGGAAAAUUACUUGGAGAAGUUUUCCUCUCGCACAGACUCUCUGAAGGUUGACCUCCUGUUCCCUAUUCAAUCAGUUGUCUGGAGUCACUAAUAAUUCUCCACCAGGUUGAACUAGUUGAUUGUGUGGACCAUUUCCCCCCCCCCCAUCCCAUUAAGAAGGGUGUUUUCUGUUUCUGUUGUAGCCCUUAGCCCACUGGGAUGUAGGCUGGGGUUCAAGGUGGAACUUGAGAGGCUUGAGCUAAAGUGCCAAGUAAGUCAUAGAUCCUCUUCUUUCUCCCUAUUAGACCACAGAUGGGGAGCUUGUGGUUCUCCAGAUGUUGUUGGACUGCAACUCCCAUCAACCCCAGGCAGCAUGGCCCAAUGGUCAGGGGUGGGAGGCAGUUGUAGUCCAACAUCUACAAGGGUUCCCCAUCCCUGCAUUAACCAAACAUCAAGAAGGGCCAUAGCUCAGUGGUAGAACAAAUGGUCCCAAGUUCAAUACCCUGGUAUCUCCAGGUAAGACUAGGAAAGCUAACAUAAGAAGAGCCUGCUGGAUCAGGCCAGUGACCCAUCUUGUCCAGCAUCCUGUUCUCACAGUGGCCAACCAGAUGCCCUUAAUGGGAAUCUGCAAUCCCACCCCACUUGGUUCAUCUCUCUCUCUCUCUCUCUUCCUCCCCACCCCUCUCAUUGCAGUGCCGUCUUCUUUAUUACCUACUUGAUCCUGGCUUGCUGCUCUGGACCCAGGUAAAACCCUACUUUUAGUGCAUUUGAUAGAAAAAGGGGAUUUGGGUUCUCUGUGCAUCUCCCUUUCUAUCUUGUUUGUGGGAGAGAUCUGCGUCACCUUGGAAGUUUGGAUAUUCUCAUAUAAGUACAAGCUUUUAGAAGACAUCUGAAGGUAGCCCUUUUUAGCGAAGCUUUUAAUGUUUAACAGACCACAGUAUUUUAAUACUUCUUUGGAAGCCCCCCAGAGUGGCUGGGGAAACCCAGCCAGAUGGGCGGGGUAUAAAUUAUUAUUAUUUUAUUAUUAUUAUUAUUAUUAUUAUUAUUAUUAUUAUUAUUAUUAGCUGGUCUUCUAGCUGUCACUCUGAUGUAGAUCCUCACUCAUCCCUUCUUCCCUGGCAGGGGUGGGUGGUGCUGAUGUAAGUCGGAGAUAAUGGCUCAUCAGUUUGCCUUGUGGUGCAUGUAGUGAACUAGGCAUCACUGGCCUGGAUUCUGGUUUUGCAUUGCACAGAGAGAACAGACCUUCUUUUCUGAAUGAGGCAUGCCACAGUGAGGAAAAUGCUCUGCUAUAGUUAUUCAUUGGAAAGAAGAGGAAGGGAGGAAGAUCUGAUUUCCCCCACUGAACAUGCCAAUGCUUUUCAGUAUAUUGAUGUCCUUGGGUAUUAUUCCCUCCAAAUCCCUCUUUCCAUUCAGAUCCUAGCUUCUGUGCCCUUUUAGCAGAUACUAUACUCACAAGGGACGCGGGUGGCGCUGUGGUCUAAACCACAGAGCCUAGGGCUUGCCAAUCAGAAGGUCAGCGGUUCAAAUCCCCACGACGGGGUGAGCUCCCGUUGCUUGGUCCCUGCUCCUGCCUACCUAGCAGUUAAAAAGCACAUCAAAGUGCAAGUAGAUAAAUAGGUACUGCUCCGGUGGGAAGGUAAACGGCAUUUCCGUGCACUGCUCUGGUUCGCCAGAAGCGGCUUAGUCAUGCUGUCCACAUGACCCGGAAGCUGUACGCUGGCUCCCUCGGCCAGUAAAGGAAGAUGAGUGCCACAACCCCAGAGUCGUCCACAACUGGACUUAACUGUCAGGGGUCCUUUGCCUUUUUAUACUCGCAGCAGCAAAGGAGUGACAUUGUUCAUUUCCAUGCCACGAAAUGCUUGCUUGAUAUAAACCACACAUUGCAAGCCACUGUUGAAAAGGCACAUCUGAAAAGGUGGCAUAACUCUUAGUUAAGUUGAAUCAGCGAGAGAAGCAUUUGUGCUCCAGAGCAUCUCUUGAGCGAUAGUCACCCAGUAGAAUUGUACACAUGUUAUUGCCCUGCUGCUCUACCCGCCCUGCUUUAAUUAUCUGAUUAUGCAAGAUGCUGUUGUGCAAUUUUCCUUCUAGUGGUUAUGCUCUUUGAGUAACGACAGUGCUUUCUUGGCUCCCUUUCACUUAACUCACAGGAGGUACUUCCCAUGGAACCUGAUCCUCCUGAGCAUCUUUGUAAGUAGUAUACCUGGGGCUGUGAUUUGUGCUAAGCUAAGGGUGAUUUUUGGGACGCGGGUGGCGCUGUGGGUUAAACCACAGAGCCUAGGACUUGCCAAUCAGAAGGUCGGCGGUUCGAAUCCCCAUGACGGUGUGAGCUCCUGUUGCUCGGUUCCUGCUCCUGCCAACCUAGCAGUUCGAAAGCACAUCAAAGUGCAAGUAGAUAAAUAAGUACCGCUCCAGCGGGAAGGUAAACGGUGUUUCUGUGCACUGCUCUGGUUCGCCAGAAGCGGCUUAGUCAUGCUGGCCACAUGACCCUGAAGCUGUACACCAGCUCCCUUGGCCAAUAAAGCGGGAUGAGUGCUGCAACCCCAGAGUUGGCCACGACUGGACCUAAUGGUCAGGGGUACCUUUACCUAAGAGGGACGCGGGUGGCGUUGUGGGUAAAACCUCAGUGCCUAGGACUUGCCCAUCGUAUGGUCGGCAGUUCGAAUCCCCGCGGCGGGGUGAGCUCCCGUCGUUCGGUCCCAGCUCCUGCCCAUCUAGCAGUUCGAAAGCACUUUUAAGUGCAAGUAGAUAAAUAGGAACCGCUUUAUAGCGGGAAGGUAAACGGCAUUUCCGUGUGGUGCACUGGUGCUGGCUUGCCAGCUGCAGCUUCGUCACGCUGGCCACGUGACCCGGAAGUGUCUUCGGACGGUGCCGUCUCACGGCCUCUAGAGCGAGAUGAGCACGCAACCCUAGAGUCGGACACGACUGGCCCAUAUGGGCAGGGGUACCUUUACCUUUACCUAAGGGGGAUUUUACAGGAGCAUCGGACCACAUGUUCAACAGGAAACCAAAGGAAGACUUAGGGCAGAAAAGGAAAGUGUUUAUUGAUGCAGCCCAUAGUUAACACAAUCCCACAGGAGGCAGUGAUAGACACCAACCUAAACGACUUUAAAAGAGGAUUGGACAAAUUCAUGGAGGAUAAGGCUAUCAGUGGCUACUAGCCAUGACGGCUAUGAUCUGCCUCCAUAUUAUGCCUCUGAUUGCCAGUUGCUGGAAACCCAAUGGAGGGGAAAUGUUCUUGUGCUUGAUUCCUCCUUGAAGGUUUUCCACAGGCAUCUGGCUGGCCACUGUGAGAACAAGAUGAUGAUUUACCAUUGGCCUGAUCCUGCAAGACUCUUCCUGGGUUCUCACGUCACGUUCUUAAAGUUGUCUGUCCAUUUCCAAUGGCUGAAAGCCAAAGUCUGAAACCACUGACUCUGUGAAACAGCCUUCGCCAAGCCUCCAAAUGUUUUGAACUCCCAACUCCCAUCAGCCCCCACCAAUGGUCAGGGAUGAUGGGAGCUGUAGUCCAGCAAUAUCUUUGGUUGAUUAAGCACAAAUCCCAUCAUCCCUGACCAUUGACCGUGCUUUCUGGGCUGCUGAGAGUUGGAGUCCAACAACACCAGGAAGCCCCCAAAUCAGAAAGGUGUAGACCAGGGGUAGUCAACCUUUUUAUACCUACCGCCCACUAAUGCAUCUUUCUUGAUGGUGAAAUUUCCUUACUGCCCACCAGUGCUUGAUGGAAGGAGGAUUCAGCUUGUGCCGUAGAACCCCCCACCGCCCACCUAGAAUCCUGAAACACCCACUAGUGGGCAGUAGGGACCAGGAUGACAACCCCUGGUGUAGACAAAGGGUACUGUAAUUUUUUUGGGUAAAACAGUGCCUUAGUUAGAGUGCCCAGCAGCAAAAAGGCUGGGGGUCCUGCACCUUCAAGAGUUGAAUAGAUUGAAGGAUUUUGGCAGCACAGCUUGCCAUGCAGGGGUGAGGAAAAAAUUGCACCAUCUGAAAUUCCCCCUGCAAUACAACUAUUAAAUGAAUAGUUCUCUUUGGCUUUUGGCCUGUUUAUGACACCACAGAGGAAGAAACUACCCAAUGUAAAUCCAUCCUUUAUGUACUAUUAUUGCUUGGUGGGUCACAGGUUCUUUGAGUUUGUCCUCAGAAAGGACAAAGAGCAUGCGCUUCUGGUGACAUCUGGUUGCGCCUCUUUCCCUAAUACUCAGCUCCAGCUUCUGAAGUUAACUAAGUGUCUUUCCUUCCACAGACUCUUUCCAUGGCCUAUCUGACUGGGAUGCUCUCCAGGUAGGUUGGUCACAAGAAGAGACUGCAUACUUGCCAUAUUUCUUCUAUGUGGGAGAUUUCAUUCUUUGGCCUCACCCUCUGAUGUUUCAUUAGAAAGUCAGAGCAUGCUUAUUUAAACACACCCCUCUCUAUCCCAAAGUUGGCAUGUUCCAUUUUGCUGCUUGAGGUUCUCAUAUUGUUUUGGAUAGUGCAGAUUUGAUAGAUUCAGCUUCAAGCAUGAACUGAAUCAUUUUUCCCCUCCAUCCCUACUUGUGGCCCAAGUCAUGUACAUUUGUCAUUCUCUGCCACCAUGCUGUAACAAUCUCAUGCAGAGGUGCAUCAUGAAUUUUCAUUGUUUUAUUUUUGUCUGAUGGCCUGUCAGUGGUACUGGAAGGACAAAACAAAGGCAUUAGUUGGUCACAGUAUCUAGUAGAGCAAUCAACGCAUUGCAGCAAGAUAUUCUGCUGUUGUAAAUACAAAACAAAAGCAUAGUAUGCCAAUUUGGGCUGUUCUUGAUUAAGGCUGCAGUCCUAACCCCAAUUACCAGGGAGUAUGCACUGAAUUAAAUAGGACUUUCUUCUUCUGAGUAGUCGUGUUUAGGAUUAGAUUUCAAUAGGUGCAUUCUUCUUAGUUUUUAUCACCACAUUUGAAGAUGGGGAAAUACCUUUGGAAGCAAUUGCUUUGCUGGGUGCAGGCUAAAGAUUCACUUAGCUCAGCUCCAUUUCUCCAGCCAUGACCAACUUUAUUAUCAUUAAUUAUAUCUGUGUCUUUGGAAAGUUCACAAGGCAGGUGGGAAGGUGAUGUUGGGCAUCCCUGUUAUGUUAUUUCCAGCAUGUGGUUCUCAGAGUCCCUGUCCAGUGAGAUUCCUCUGAGGUCAGCAACUGUGGCUCAGUGACAUAGCACCUGCCUUUGCAUGCAGAGGGAUGCUAGGAUCCCUUCUUGACCUCUCCAGUUAGAAAAGCUUGGGUGCCAGAUCUGGGGAAGACCCAAGUCCUUGAAUAAGCACCACUGGCUGCCAUGUACAAGGCAGGUUUAGAUGGACCAAUUGUCUGACUUGGUAUAAGGUAGCCUCAUAAUUGCAUAUGUAGAGGUUGUCAGGAGCUCAUCCUACACUACAGUAGGACCCUGGUAGCAACACAUGCCUGACUGGCAUGUUUUCUCUCUCCUGGUCGAUUGUUCGGGAGCUUCAAAAGCUUUCUUCAGCCCGAACAUCACAGCGACCGAUGCCAACAGACAUCAGCACACUUAGGGAUCUGCAGAGUCUUCGCAGCUUGCGUAACAGACCUCAGCAACUCAGCAUUUUGGCUAAUCUACUUUAUUUACAUGUAAACACACACGGAGCACUGCAACAUGGCUCCCUCUCUCUCUAGCAUCAGAAAGCAAAGAGAAAAAACAAAGGACAAUAGUCCCACUUCACGGAACACAGUAACACAAACAUCCUGUCUCCAUCACUUUCUACUCUGUGGAGUCAAAACACACACCAUCAUGUGAUAGACAAAAACCCCAUGACUGCAAUCAUGGAUCAGGAAUUCUAACAUCAUUAUGAGGUAUCAUUAUGAGGCCCUAUUCCUCAGAAUGCGGAGAAUUCAGAUAUUUUGACAACAUCUGUUCCUUGUGCUCCUGAGCAACAUAUACAAGUUGGAUUCCCUCUUCCUACUUAAUGACUUUAUCAGAAUCCAAAGUUUCGAGUUAGUUUCUAAACCAAAUGUGUUCCAGGCUUCUGAGAACUAUAGCACAUGUCCUUUCCGAAGGUGGAUCUCUUAGUUUGGAUCUCUAAAACCAUUCCAUUCCAUUUUUCAUUUUGCAGCUACUACAACACCAAGUCAGUCCUUCUGUGCCUGGGGAUAACAGCACUGGUUUGCCUCUCUGUCACCUUAUUCAGCUUCCAAACCAAGGUGAGUGAAUGUGUCUUAGUAGGGUUGGGCAUCCUAAAUUUUGUCACUCCGUUUACAGGUGAAGGAGAAGUUGGGAGGGUCCUUCUGCCAAUUUUCAGGUGGGUGGGGGCAAAACACGGCAAAAAUAAGCUACAGUUACAAUUAGUAAGUCCAGAGCCAGGAGCAGGUAGCUUUCAUUCCCCACCUCAGAUGUAUUCCUAGAAUAACACCACAUGUUAACAUAGUAUUGUUCAAGGAGACAUCUGGAUAUAAAAAAUGGCAGCCACGUGUCACUGGAAAGAGCACCAUUGCCAUUUCUACUGGGGAGAGGGCCACCACCAGCAAGAAGCAGCAAAAUGAAAUGUUUAAAAAGGGAGCUGAGGUGGUAUGGGGGCACCUUCAGCCUCCAAAUUUGCUUAUUUGUUCCUUCCUUUCAAUCCAUUUUUCUUUUGCUUUAAGCCUUUUUAGACAUUACUGAGGACUGCCUUUUUUCUUUCAUAAUCUGCAAGUUACUCUGGGAAUCUUGAUGGUUGAAGAACAGAAUUUUAUGCUGUGAACCGCCCUGAGAUCUAUGAGUAUAGGGCGGUAUGCAACUUCAAUCAAUCAAUCAAUCAAUCAAUCAAUCAAUCUUCAUAAAACAUGAAUGGCCCAUUGAAACUCUGAAUUUUCUAUAAACUGAAGUGACAGGGGCAAACACCAAUAUGAGAUACAUUAUGUUCUAAUUUGGAAGGGUCUGAGUUUGGAUUGUAUUGGGAGGAGGCUUCCUGAAAUCUCUUGAAAUCUCCCCAACACAUGCCGAGGUGGAUAUUGUGGCUCAUAUAGUCAAAAAGCUAGAUGUGAUGGAGAGCUUGUCUGAGUCUAAGACAGUGUAAGUCAAGGGAUCUCAAGGCAUGAGAUAUAACUUGAGAAGGAUCUGCGUACGAGAUUCAGUAGCAAUUGCCUGGCAAAGGCUGUAUGUGUUUGGUUAUGUGAGUACCUUGUGCUCCCUGAAAGUUGGGUGCCCUUGAAUAUACUCAUUCGGGGUACACAGCUACAGUGAUGACCUUUUUCUUUCCUCCCACAGUAUGAUUUUACCUCAUGCCAGGGCGUGCUGUUCGUGAUGUUGAUGGUGCUGUUUUUUAGCGGGAUCAUCCUGGCUAUUCUGCUUCCUUUCAAAUAUGUAAGUCUCAUCUUACUUCUACCAGCAAAAAUAUACCCACAUAGGAAUGUGUCAUUUCACUGGGACAGUGAGGUUCAGGGCCAGAGCACUCAAAAUUGCUAAAAGCAGGAGUAGUCAACACGGUACCCACCCAGAUGUUGCUGUACUAGAACUCCCAUCAUCCCUUACCACUGGCCAUGCUAGCUGGGGCUGAUGGAAAUUAUAGCCCAACAUCUUCUGGCGAACACCAUGUUGGUUACCCCUGGUUUAAAGCCUAAUCUACACGGAAUCACAGCAUUGGAAUAGGAGUCAAAUGGGCUUUUAAGUCAACCCUCUGCUUGCUACCAGUUCUCUGCUGCCCAACCUUCAGAGCCAGUGUGGUGUAGUGGUUAGGAGUGGUAGAUUCGUAAUCUGGGGAACCGGGUUCGAUUCCCCGCUCCUCCACAUGGAGCUGCUGGGUGACCUUGGGCUGGUCACACUUCUCUGAAGUCUCUCAGCCCCACUCACCUCACAGAGUGUUUGUUGUGGGGGAGGAAGGGAAAGGAGAAUGUUAGCCACUUUGAGACUCCUUCAGGUAGUGAUAAAGCGGGAUAUCAAAUCCAAACUCUUCUUCAGAACCUAAACUACAGUUGCUGUAGUUGCUUGGGCCUGUUUCAAGAAAGUGAAAAGGGGUAAGUGAAUCUGUCCGUUUUGGUUUCUCUCUGCUUCUCAUUUUUCCAAUGUUAAGUUCAGUUCUCCACAUUUCUGCAAUGAAAAAGAAGAGGAAAUCAUGGAAAUUCAUUGGAAUUCUAGCCUAAACGUUUCCUAGCAUGCACAUUUUUGUAUGCAAUUUUGCCUAAUUCACAUUUUUUUCCUAGCCAUUGUCUCUAGUGCAUUUUUAACAUGUUGUUUUCAGUACUUAGUGUGUUUUAUGCACACUAAUGUACCCAUUUUGGGGGUUCCAGAUUCAAAUAGGUGUCAAGUUUUGAAUUUGGGGAAGUGCAAAUUAGGUAGGUUUGCUUUAAAAUGCAAACCAAAAAGAAUUUCUCCUCCAUCUGCACAUGGGAUGGAAAAACCAAAUGGUAUUCACCGCCUCCCCAAGAUAACUUGGGUCAUAUGAGAAAAUACUGCGUGAAGGUGCAUUAUAUUACACAAAAUUGUGAAUAAGAAUGCAUAUGAAUUUCCAUGCAGACAAUUUUUUUAAAAAACACCUUUGAACCUGAUGCAGACACUGAAUAACUGAACUUAAGACUGGGAAAAUGAGAAACAAAAAUCAACAGAUUUAUCCAUCUCUAUUCUUAGGCAAAAUUGUGUCCGAGGUGGCUCUGGCCAUUUCCCUUUCCUUUUGCAGCCUAUGGAAUCCUACCUGCAAGACGACUAAGAUAGACUGGCUCAAAAGUCUUCAUUUUUGCCCUCGCCUUUCUUUUCCAAACAAACAUGUUCCCUCCUGCUAAUUUCCUAAUCCUUAUCUCCAUUUGUAUUGUGGCGCUGUGGUCUCCAUUUCCAUUCCCCCCCCCCCCAUCUCUGACACACACACACAACUGCAAGAUUUGGCACUGGCUUGUGUUUACUGUUCCUGACCAGCAGUUGCUCAUGAAGCAAAGACUGAUUAUGACAGGGAGGAGGAGAAAUGGGAAAGAGGGCAAAGAUGCCAGAAUCUCUCAAUCAUUCUCCAUCAGGGAGUUUUCGUUCUGCAGUUAUCACGAGAGCCUGCUAGAUAUUGACAAAAGAAGGAGUGUUAGCCUGGGUUUUGAAGCCCCCAUUAAUCACUGCGGACUUGGCUUGUUUGCUUGAUUUCCAGGGUGGGCUGGGCUUUCCAUGACCUCAAGUGGCUGGAACCAGACUGAAUACCUGAUUAUGUUGCCUUAAAAGUACAAUCCGUCCUUUGAUUCACACCCUUCCAUGAUUCAGGCCUGAAUAAGCCGAACGUCAACGCGUGUGAGAAUGUUGUGCUUUGCAAUAGAGAGCCCCAGAUUUCUCAUCCCUGAAGCAGGUUCUAUGUGACACUAUGUACUUCUCGAUGGCAAACACCAAACAGGUCCAUCAUGGCCUUGCUUUGAUGUUGCUAUUUUAAUUUGGCAUAGUGUUGGAUAGUUAUCUAAAACCUGACCCAGGUGAAUAUGUGCUUCCAUCAUCUUCACCAGGUGAUAUUCAGCAUGUGGCGCUGUGGUGUAAACCACUGAGCCUCUUAGGCUUGCAAAUUGAAAGUUUGGCAGUUCGAAUCCCUGCGAUGGGGUGAGCUUCUCCUGCCCACCUAGCAAUUCGAAAGCACACCAGUGCAAGUAGAUAAAUAGGUACCGCUGCGGCAGGAAGGUACCUUCCAUGCACUCUGGUUUCCAUCAUGGUGUUCCAUUGCACCAGAAGUGGUUAGUCCGGCAGGAAGGUACCUUCCAUGCACUCUGGUUUCCAUCAUGGUGUUCCAUUGCACCAGAAGUGGUUAAUCCUGCUGGCCACAUGACCGGGAAAGCUGUCUGUGGACAAACACAGGCUCCCUUGACCUGAAAGCGAAUGAGCACCACAACCCCAUAGUCGCCUUUGACUGGACUUAACCGUCCAGGGGUCCUUUACCUUUAUUCAACUAAAUAGCUGUGCUUGUACAAGGAUUGACACUAGUACAAUGGAAUUUUCCCACUUGUUUUUUCCCUGCAUGUGCCUCACACUAUCCCCAAAUCUAUAGUUGCUAUAUUUCAAAAAGUAGAAAUCUUUUUUUGGGGGUGGGGGUGGGGUGGUCGUUGUUACUACUCAAACACACACACUUCCUGGUUCUGUUGGCAAAAACCUGGAUAUUUUGCCAAUUUUUUUGAAUUUUCCCUGGACACUAAUUUUGCUGUUGGAAUCCCGGGAAAAUCCAGACGUAUGGCAACCCUACCCAAAUCUGCUCCAGAUGAUUAGGGAAAACCCCAGAACAGGUUUUUUUUUUGUUUUUUUUUUUUGAGGUGGGGUGGAAUGGAGGGAAUGUUCUGUUUUGUGCAAGGAGAAAUCCUCAUAUUGACAGAACAUUCUCCUUAGCGCUACAUUGAAUACAACCCAAGAUAUUAUCAAGCUGGGUAGGAAAUGUAUAACACAUUCCUGUCAUACAUUUAUCUUAAAUAUUAACAGGGAGUAGAGAAUAAUGCUUCUAUGUAGUUCAAGUUAACUGUUUCUGUCUGUCUUUCUGUGUCUGUCUGUCACACACACACACACACACACACAGACAGAGGCUGCAGUCCUAACCCUCAUUUCCUGAACCCAUUGGAUUCAGUAGGACUUACUUCAGGGUAGACAUGGCUACGAUUCUGUUGCUGACACACUACAGGAGUCUCUGCCAAAAAAGAGAGCUUUAUUCAGCUUCCAGUUAUCAUCCAACACCCUUCAAAUCAUUAUCAAGUGAUGUUUGGUCCUCAGCCUGUGCUUGGGAGCCUGUUUAAUAAAAUGAGAACAAUGCAAAUGUAAUUUCUCUUCCUUACACCUUGCUGGUUCCUUUUCCGUCUUCUUUCUGGAGGUGUCUAUUAUUAUUGUUACUAUUUUACUUUGAGCCAACCUGUACCUUGAGCCUCUACUAAGAGAAGGGCCAUAGCUCAGUGGUUAGAACAUCUGAUGCCCAUGUAGAAUAUCUCUGGUUCAAGACCUGGUGUCUCCAGGGAAGGCUGGAAAUGGAACCCAAUAGAGCUGCUGACAGCCACUGCAAUCAAAACUGAUGGUUUCCAGUCAUUACAAGGCAGGAGCUUGUCCUACACUUGAGUAGGACCCUGGCAGAGACACAUGCCCGACUGGCAUGUUCUCUCCCUCCUGCUCGAUCGUUCGGGGGCUUCAAAAGCUUUCUUCAGCCCGAACAUCACAGCGACCGAUGCCAAUAGACAUCAGCACACUUAGGGAUCCGCAGAGUCUUCGCAGUUCGCAUAACAGAGCUCAGCAACUCAGCAUUUUGGCUAAUCUACUUUAUUUACAUAUAAACACACACAGAGCACUGCGACAUGGUUCCCUCCCUCUUUAGCAUCAGACAGCAAAGAGAAAAAACAAAGGACGAUAGUCCCACUUCACGGAACACAGUAACACAAACAUCCUGUCUCCGUCACUUCCCACUCUGUGGAGUCAAAACAUACACCGUCAUGUGAAAGACAACAAUCCCAUGACUGCAAUCACGGAGCAGGAAUUCUAACAGUUCUCAGGUUUCAAUACCUGGCAUCUUCAGGAAAGGCUGGAAAUGGAACCCAGUAGAGCAUCUUACUAUGUACAAACAUCCAGCCAUUCAUCCUCCCACAUGGAUCGCAAUGUUUACAUCCUUCUGUCUUAUGAGGCUGACCAAUAUCUCUUGCCUCUUUCCAUGUAGGUGCCGUGGCUCCAGGCCAUUUAUGCUGUGCUGGGUGCAAUUGUAUUUACUAUGGUAAGUAAGCUGAGCUCAAGACAAUUCUUUCCUCGACUCACUGCAACCAGAAGUGAGAAUUUAGAGAGGUUAAAAUAUCAGCUGUGCUUUUCACUUGUAGCCAUGCAGAGGAUGCAAAAGAUGUUGGGGAAUGACACUGGGGAGAAAGUGCAUCUUUCAAAACCCCACCACCAAUUGAGUCCAUAUAAAACAAUUAAAGGUCCAAUGUGCAGUUUCUCUUGCUGCGCCCUAGAAGAAGGAUGUCAUCAACCAAAAGGCAUUGGGUCAUUAUUAUUAUUAUUUGGUCUCUUAAAGACUCUUAUUGUUUUAUACAGAACCACCACCACCCCAGGUCCAUUUUAAGCCUUUGCUCCUUCCUUUGCUCCCUUUGAUUUUGUGGGAGAAGAAGGCUCCCCUAACCCCACUCCUUCAAAUACGCAAGCUGAGCCUCUCCUUGUAUUUCACGAAUCUGUGCUUUAUACAAUCCAAUCUGCAAUCCAUGUGUUCAAGUCUUCACUGUUCAGGAUCUGGUCUCAGCCAUGAUGGGCAACACACCCACUCGUCUCAGUUCAGAAUGGGAAAACCAAGCUAUCCCCUUAGAGACCUUGGCUGCGGACACAGCAUAGAUUUAAUGCAGAUGAUUUCCUCCCAAAGAAUCAUGGGAACUGAAAUUUCCAAAGAGCUGCAAUCUCUAACCCUCUUAACAAACUACAGUUCCCGGGAGUCUUUGGGAGGGGUGCUAGGUGCUGUAUAUGUGCUUUAAACUUAUCUUGCUAUUGCUGCCUCACCAUCAGAAUGCGGGGGUGGAAAGAUAGGGAUAGAUAAAUCUGUCAAUUUUGCUUUUUCGGAGCUCCUCAUGUUUCCAAUCUUCGGUUUGUAUGUUACUUUCAUUAUUAGACACAUUUUUUGCACCGUUUCCCUGAAUAUACUUUUUUUUAAAAAAAAGGAUUGCAUCAGCUGAGCGUGUUGUUUAUCUGUCUCUUGCUAUCUUUACUCUCUCCCUUUUCACAGCUAAUUGUCCUCAGGGCUUGAGGGGAGCAAUUGGCCACUAUAUAAGUUAAGAAGCAGAGAUAAGCAGUGGGCUCGGCCUACAACCCCUUGGGCUUGCAUAGCAUUCCCUGCAGCCUUUUCCGCCAGUCUCCCAGGGAGCUGCAGGAGUCUGAGUCUGACCCCAGUGCUAUAUAUAUAUAUAUAUAUAUAUAUAUGCUCGCGCAUGAGAAUGUAUUCAUUUUAUACAACAUCUGUGAAUGUCGCCAGGCUCUAACUAUAUGGUGGAAGCUGGUAAGAGGCGACAGCCAUCCAUCAGUGAGGGGAAACUCAAAGAGAUACUAGCAAGUAGGGACAUUUGUCCUGGUGCACAAGGGCACCAGCACCUGCACCUGAAGUUGGCAAGGCUGGGCAUCUAUUGAGGGCACAGGGGUUUGGAAAGGCUCAUCACUGAUCCUGCCAAGCCCACCACCAUUUGGACCCUCCCCAGUACCAGAGCUGUAGCACAGCAUGGCUGCUUACCUUUGCCACCGUCACCAGCAGCUCCUCGUCUUGCCUCCCCUCUUUGCCGCAGACAUAUGUAUCUCACAGCAAGGUAAUAAUAGUAAUAAUAAUAAUAAUAAUAAUAAUAAUAAUAAUAAUUUAUUAUUUCUACCCUCCCCAUCUGGCUGGGUUUCCCCAGCCACUCUGGGAGGCUUCCAACAAAAGAUUAAAAAUACCUUAAAACAUCAGUCAUUAAAAACUUCCCUAAACAGGGCUGCCUUCAGAUGUCUUCUAAAUGUCAUAUAGUUGUUUAUCUCUUUGACAUCUGAUGGGAGGGCGUUCCACAGGGCAGGUGCCACUACCGAGAAGGCCCUCUGCCUGGUUCCCUGUAAUUUCGCUUCUCGCAGUGAGGGAACCGCCAGAAGGUCCUCGGCACUGGACCUCAGUGUCCAGGCCGAACGAUGGGGGUGGAGACCCUCCUUCAGGUAUACUGGGUUGAGGCUGUUUAGGGCCUUAAAGGUCAGCACCUUUAAACUUUGGUAGACUGAAUGGUGCAACUGCAUGUACCUGUGUGUUAAAACUAAUCAUGUGGUUCUUCUUGCUUGAGCUGCAACAUGAAGUCUUAGCGUAUAUCCUCAGAACAUUGCUGCAUGUCUCUUCCCAUGUUAGAAAUGUGUCCCAUCAAUGAAACUGUGCGCCACCUUCUCAAACUGCAGGCAGAGUUCAGCCGGUGCUUAGCUCAGUACAUACAACAAUUCAGCAUAUAGGAAGAAGGUCCCUGUACACUGUAGUAUUCUCCUUAAACCUCCCUAUCAUUGACAUCUCGGAAAGGCUUAUUCCCUGAACAUGGAAAAGUAGGUUUUGGAUGUCACUCUGUGUGGCUGAACCUGCAGGCCAGAUCCAGAUCAGGCCUUCCCCCAAACUAUUUUUAUUCAGCCACCAUGUUACCUUUCCAACAUCAAAGAGAAUAUCGCCCCAAAAUAUGCCUAUUUCUAAUGCAGUGCUGAAUGUUCUCCCAUCCUGCUUUUAACCAAAAAGGUGUGCUUUCAGGGAUGCCAACAUGUUCCUUCAAACACCAACCUCUGAAGAAGUUUGCCAUUUACACUGUCUAACUUUGGGAUAUUUGAAGCCUGUACUUAGGUACUGUAUUUUUUGCUCUAUAAGAUGCACCAGACCACUAGACGCACCUAGUUUUUGGAGGAGGAAAACAAGAAAAAUAUAUAUUCUGAAUCUCAGAAGCCAGAACAGCAAGAGGGAUUGCUAUGCAGUGAAAGCAGCGAUCCCUCUUGCUUUUCUGGCUUCUGGGAUAGCUGUGCAGCCUGCAUUUGCUCCAUAAGACGCACACACAUUUCCCCUUACUUUUUAGGAGGGAAAAAGUGAGUCUUAUAGAGCAAAAAAUAUGGUAUUUGCCCACUGGUAGGGAAUAUAGGUUAAGAUAUAGGGCAGUCUAAGGGAAUGGCCCAGUGCCCUCGGUUAACCAGGUAAUCCUGCCAGUAUUUCUGUAACCAUGUUAACCUUAGUGGAACAAACCUGCCUGGAGGUUCCGGUUCCCAACAAAAGAGGGUUGUUCUCCUGGAGCUUUCUAACAACUGCCCUUUGGACCUUUGAUAACCCACAAUUUAUCAUGAAACUAAACCACAAAUCUGAACUGCAGUCCUCGGCAAGCAUUUUAACCGGGCUCUAUGACGCAAGAAAAAGCGGGACGCAAAGCACUGUUUACAUUAGAGUAGACAUUUCGGGCUGAAGGUCACAUUCCUUUCUGAGCACCCUUUUCCAGGGGCCACAGGUGGGAAAAGCCAGAAGCAAAAGCGGGCGGGGGAACAAAUGUAAAAUUUGUCCCCACCCUUGAAUUAAAAACCAAACAUGUAGCAUAGGGGAAGGUUGCGUGAUGUUCCUUGUGUUCCUCCUUUGGGAAGAAUGCAGUAGGCCACGUUGGGACAUAGCUGUCAACUUACAGAUUUGAAAAUAAGGGACCAGCAGCCUCAAAAAUAAGGGAUCAGCAGCCAAAAUAAGGAAUUUUCAGAACACAGGUAUGUUCAACUUCUGAGCCCCUCCGAGCCAAAGGCAGAAAGCUCAGCCAGCAGCCAAACGAAGCCUCAAGCGGUGGUUCCCAUAGAGCAGCAACCCGGCAAAGGGGAUGCAGCAAGGAAAACCACCGUCACCUCUCCGCUGGGAAGCACUGAGCAAAGGCGAGUCCCCAGGCAAAGCAGCCGAUUUGAUUGGCACAAGGCAUGCAAGCUCCACCCCUCAGUCGUUCUUAGACUCCUUAUUGGGUGAGCAACACAGCCAAGCAACACAGUUGGAGCCUCCCUCCUCCCUGGCCGGCAGGGAGGGAGAGAGAGGAGCUGCUUCCUUUGAAACCCGGGAAAUUUAAGGGACAUCAUCAAUAAGGGACAGCAGCAAGACACAGCGCUGGGAUAAGGGACUUUCCCGCCAAAUAAGCGACGGUUGACAGCUAUGCGUUGGUAGGACGUGGCGGUUGUUGUUUAAGCAGAUAGUGGGAUGCUGGGAAAAUCUACUGGAUUCUGUAGCCCAUUGUGAGCCUUUUAGUUCUUUUCUCCUGUUUCCAUUCGCUCAGAGAGCCACAGGGACAUGGGUAUACUGGAAAUGCAUUGAAGCAUGCACAUUUUCAGUUCUGUUUAUGGAUCUCCUUCCCCCUUUGUACAAGGCAGGAGAGUGAGGUGUUGCAUCUGGGCAGCGAGAUCUUGAUUACACUGGCUCAGGCUGGCAAGUCAGGCUGGCACCCACCCAGUGUGGAUCCUCCCUCUUAAUCCAAGCCAUGGGAGCUGCCUGAGCUUUCUGAGUGAGGAGCAGAGCGAAGGAGGUUGAGGCUGGGUAUGGGUGUGGACUUGACCUACCAGCAGCAAGGGAGGUGGCUGAAGUAUCGUGCCAAUACUGUUAUCACCAUAAGCUCUGAAUGUCAGAAAGGAUGGGAUGAAACUCAGUUCAGUCCCCAUCUUCAUCUGGGCCUACCUUAUUCGCCCUUUCCAAAUCAAUAUACAAACCAAAACACCACCAGCCUUCAAAUGUUGCCAUUCUCCAACCUAGAAUUGUGUACAAAAUGCAUAUAUCAGGAGAAUAUGCACAUAAAAGUUUGUGUAUUAGUAGUAGGAGGAAUCGUUAUAUUUUUAGCCCUCCAUUCCUCCCAAAUGCUUUAUCUUAGGGGAAAUUGCUUGCCCAAAUAUGUUUAAUGGGCAAAAAUUACAUACAAAAAUAAUAAAUUAAUGUGUAUUAAGGAGGAAAUGUGGGCACACUAAAAUGCUCAGGACUUUUUUCAUUUAAAUGUAAACAGACGCGGAAAUGUGGCAAAUUGGAAUUGUAACAGAGAAAACAAGCGAAACUGAUUUGACAGAUUUCUCCAGAGAGGUUACCGGCACACUUAGCAAUCCUAUACUGCAAUCCUAUACUCGCUUCCCCUGGAGCAAGUCUCACUGAACUUAGGGGGACUCAGCGCUGAGCAGACAUGUAUAAAAUGGCAGCACUGACCUUGGCCUGUGUUUGGUUUUCUCUUCUCAGUUCCUGGCCUUUGACACACAGCUCCUGAUGGGAAACCGACGCUACGCUAUGAGCCCGGAGGAAUACAUCUUUGGGGCUCUCAACAUCUACCUAGACAUCAUCUACAUAUUCUCCUUUUCCUGCAGAUCUUUGGGUCUAGCCGAGAGUGAGCUUGGCAAAGCUGCUAGGGCUUGUGUCUGAUUUAUUAUUAUUAUUAUAAAAAAGAAAGGAAUAUACAUCGGAUGACACAAGAAGAAAGAAAGGAGAGAGGAAAAAGUUAUCCAACCUCUCUAGCCCUUUAGCAAGCUCCAUUCCAUCAGAUGGGCCCCUGUCCACCCACCGGCCUCGUUGAGCUCCUGCAGGCUGUACACAUAUACAUAUAGAUGCUGUUAAAACUUUUGUGACUCAAAAAGCAAACUGGGGUGUAAAUGUACUUGCUCUGGCGACUGCCUUCAAGCUGUAAAUUGAACCUGGAGUUGCAGGACCAGAAUGGGCACUAGAGUGAAGGGGAGGGGGACCAUUUUUUUAUGUGUGUGGUUUCAAUUGCUGAAGCAAAGCAGUUGGGAAUUCAGAAAUGAUCUUAAUCAAGGUGGUCACAAAUGUUUGUGAAAAUCUGCAGAAUGGCUGAUUUAUUUAUUUAUUUAUUUAUUUAUUGGUGUUCUUCAUGACAAUUGUUGUGCAAGCCUCAAAUUCAAGUCCUGGCACACAUCUAGGGCCAAUCUGUUCAUUUGCUUUCUAGCCACUAGAUGCUUUUCUUCCGAAGAGCUCAGAGCAGCUUACAAGGUCUAAUCUCGCUUAGCUUCAUUGAUAGAACUUCUUCACAUGCCCUACUGCUCACUAGGAUGUUUUGGGGGUGGUGGUGGUUUCAGACUCUGAGCCUCUUCUGCUUGGCUUUGAGUUUUAAUUUGCUGAUUUGAAGUUGCAGGGUUCAGUUUCAGUUCUUUUGCCCGUUUUCUUGUUUUUUGUUUCAGCACUAUUUCCAGCAUAUCAAGAGGAGCAGGGGAGGGUAAACAUCCAGCAUAAAUGGUCCCUGUCUUCCUGCUCAGUCAGUGAUGGCAUUUCUAAUCCCAGCCACUAACAAGAGCAAACAUGUCCUUAGAUCUGGGAUAAUACCUUUUGCCGCCACUUUCAUGCGGCACUCCCAUGCACCAAUGACUUCACCUGUCUCUCCAUCCCUUUCUUGGGAUGUGGAUGACAUUAAGACUUCUUCCCAUGAGUGGAUCAGGGCUUGAAAGGAGACGAGGCAGAGAGAAGGAGGGAGUGACAGAAGAAUGCUUUCUGCUUUCAUAUGUCUAGCUUAGCAAGUCUUUUCAGAUUUAGAGAGGAUGGCCACGGCAUUUCUAAUGGCCUAGCAUUUCUUUGUCAAUUGUUACAGACAGAAAGAUGGAGGGAAACACACCCCAGCACUGAGAAAUCCAUGUGUAGGAGAUUCCAGAAAUCUAGACAGGAGCCUACCAUUCUCUUUUGUAUUCAGAUCACCUUUUGCAUUAUGACACUGCAUCUAUUUAGAAAUAUUGGGUGCAUGAAUGGAGACCUUGUGUCUCCUCUAAAUCUCAUAUAUAGAUAGAUCCUUGCAAGUGAAGACAUUCCAGCCUCUUAGCUAGAUCCCUUCCCCAUCUCGGCUAGAAUAGCUGCCUAAAUUAAGCCUAAAUUCCUGAUUGGAGUUUGAGGUCAUCCCUCUGCUGCCAGAAGUAGAUGGGUCAUAAGAAGAGUGCUGAGGUUGGGGUAAAGGGUUCAAGAAUGAAAAAGCUUCAGCACCACUGGACAAAGAACGUGAAUAAAUUCUAACAUCCCAAAUUGACCAGAUUGUGUGUGUGUGUUAAGGCAAUGAGGUCAUAUCUAACCACUGCCUAACCAAUGGUGUAUUUCUGCAUCAGAUGAUAACAUACAAUCACCCUGUGUAAUUCAGAGUGUGCCCUGCAUUCUUUGCAUAUACCGUAUUUUUCGCUCUAUAAGACGCACCAGACCACAAGACGCACCUAGUUUUGGGAGGAGGAAA